AACAUCUAAAAUACAAGAAAAUAAAAGUUUUCCAUGAUAAAAAGAAAUCUCUUAAAGCUAAUGUUGACCAUUCUGGGCUUGAACCACCGUAUCCUGCAAAUUUAACUACCACUAGGAUGAGUGUUACAAAAAAUGUGUUAAUGUAUUACUAUUUAUAAAAGCAACAUGAUAUCAUUUGAUUUCUAUAAUAAAAUUGAAUUCCAUCCGAUAAAAGUAAAGUUUAUUUAAAUUAGUUUGAACCAAUCCUAUCAUCUAUUAUAUUCUGCGGCUAUAAGACUUUUUGCAUACCUAAAUGAUAUAUCAUGGUAAGUGUUUUAUAAGAAAUAAAUUGUUAUCGAUAUCUACAUAUGAAUUUAAUCUAGGCCUAAUUUAAUCAAGUUGAUACAAAAACUGGGUUUAGUUAAAAGAUGAAACUAUUUUUUUAUUUGAUCAUAAGAAUCUGAUUAGAUGAAAAUGUGAUAUGCAAACUUUGCAGUUAUAUUGUUAAUAUUUGUUCUAGAUACAGAACAUACGAUUCAUUCUUUUUGUUACAUAAAUUUUUUUUUUUGUCCAUGAGAUGGUUUUUAAUUCACGUCAGAAAUUGUUUUUCAAAAUAAUUGGUUUUGGUUUAAUAAAAACUGUUUACAAAAUCUGAAGAUAAGAGAUCAGAUUUUGAUUGAUAUUUUUUACCCAUGGAAUGUUAUCCAAAUUCAUUUAAACUCCUACAAGUCAAAUGGGUUGUGAAGAUCUACCAAACAUGAAUAACACAAGAUUUUAAAGGUUGUAUUCAAAUACUGAAUUGAAUAAGAAUGGAUUUUUAGUUCCUUUAAUGAAGAAAUUGUAAUUAUAACCAAUAUUAUUAGAUUUCAAAAUAUUUUAAUAAAAAUAUUUAAAAUACAAUAAUCAAUGACACUAUAUUUUUAAUAAAUGAUGUUAAAAUCAAUUAUUAAAUAACACUAUAUCAUAAAAUUUAAAGAGGUAACUUUAAAUUCACUAUCCAAUUAGAUAAUCCUUUUUAAUCUAGUUUUGCCAAAAAAAAGUUAGUUUGCAUGCCCUACGCUUAUAAAUAUAGCAAUUCUGCUUGUUGAAAAAUAAAACCAUAAUUUCUAGUUUUGUUGGGGGAGGUUAACGAGAAGAUGACUAUUAUGAUAUAUAUCCGAUCUACCCUAUGAUUUGGUAUCAGAAAUACUCGCUAGGGUUCCGUCCAAGUCUCUAGCAAAACUGCAAACUACUUGCAAACGAUGGUACGCCUUAUUCAAAGAUCCAAAGUUCGUGAAGAUGAACAACAACUUGCGUAAAGCAUCGAAAGAGGUGAUGUUCCUUAUAGACUAUAGGGUUUAUUCGAUUAGCGUUAACAGAUUCCACAACAGCUUCCGUGACACAUGCAUUGAGUAUGCAUCCAUCGAGUUUACAGGUAAACUUACCCGUCUUGAAGAUUCAAAAGAGGUAAAGUUAUCUCGAAUCUUUCACUGCAACGGAUUGAUAUUAUGCUGCAUGGAGGAUUUCGAAAGUCUUGUCGUUUGGAACCCUUGUACUGGUGAAACCAUGAGUAUCAAACCCAAAAGUUUUUACCAGUGGAAUGAUAGUUAUGCUUUUGGAUGUGGAAACAGCGAAUCUUCUUGCCCCAACUACAAAAUUUUGAGGUGUAGCAGUUAUUAUUGCAAAAACAGUGAGCAACGUAUUUUUAACUGUGAGAUUUAUGACUUCAGCUCUGAUUCAUGGAGGGUUCUUGCUGGUGUGACCUGGAGGAUACAUUGUUCUGACAAUGUUGUGUCGUUGAAAGGAAAUGCUUACUGGAUUCAUUUUGAUAGAGAAGCUGGCCAUAAUGUCCUACUCAGUUUUAAUUUCACAACGGAGGUAUUUGUGUCUAUGACUCUUCCGGAUCAGAGUGAUUAUAGACAUUUGGGUAUAUCGGUUGUUAGAGAAGAACGCCUAGCAGUUUUACAUCACAAUAUUGGUACAUCCUUGACAGAGAUGAAUGUAUGGUUGAGCAAUAAGAUUGAUGAAGCCAAAGAGGUGUCAUGGAGCAAAUUCUUAGUAGUGAGCUUUGAUAACUUUAAGUAUCCAAGUUACGUGAAAGAGAUUACUUUUUGGGUGGACGAUGAGGAUAAAGUGGUAGUAACUUGUAUUAGAGACAGAGACAAUUAUGAUUACGUUUACAUUGUAGGAGAAAGUUUGCAUAAACAAGUUUUUGGUAAAUCUUGGAUUUGGCCAUGUCUCCUGAGUUAUGUUCCAAGUUUGAAUCACAUCCCCAAGGCGAAAAAAGAAGAAACAUUGUAAAUGGAUAAUUAAGCUAGCUUUUGUUUAUUUGUCUGGUGUAACUCUUGUUUUGGUAUAUUAAUUAUCCAUUUUAUUUUGAUAUAUAUAUCAUAUUUGUGUAAUUUACAUAUCUUAAAGCAUAAUUUUAAAAAUAUUUUAAUGUUAAUUUUCAAAGAAUUAGCAUGUGUAUCAAAUUAAUUCCUAUUUAUUGAUUUCUCUUUGUUUAUUUACCUUAAUGAAAUAUUUUGAAAUAUUAAAUUAUAAUGCUGAUUUAUCUAUUUUUGUUGGUGUAUUAAAUUAGUUUUGAACAUUUUCAAUAACAGAUGACUUCUAUCGUAAGAAAAAACUUGUGCACAACUUUUUUUUUGUUAAACUCUUCAAUGCUAAUUCUUCAAAUGAGUUAGUAAAUCUAAUUUUGAACUUUAUUUUUUAUUUUUGUUAGCAUAACUUUUAUAUUUAAUUUUAAAAUUGGUAUAUAUUUCAAUUUAUUUUACUAGCAUGAAUAACAAUAUAAAAAAAGAUAGUGAUUUUUUAGUAAUUUCAUUAAUUAUAUUACCUUAACAAUACAUCACUUCAUUUGUUAUAUUUACCUUAACAAUACAUCAUAUUAUUAAUUAUAUUACCAGAAAAUUAAUAGUGCAAAAUUUUAUUUAUUAGUUAAUCAACAUUAACCUUUUGCAAAUUAUAAAAAUAAAAAAGGUGAUAACCGGGUUUUAUAUAUGGUUAAUAGUUAGGUUUAAUCUAUUUUACUAAAACGUUCUUUUAGCUUAGUUCCAGUCGGUGAAAAAUUACGUAACUAAACACAUAUACUUCAAACGUUUUUUAAAAAAAAAUUAUUUGCAAAAUCAGUUAGCUAUUGACAUUCGGGUACUCAUUCGAGUAUAAGUUGUUUCUUUCAUAAUCAUUUUUUGGGUUUUGAAAUUAUGCUCCACUUGGAUAUUAUACAUUUUUGUGUGGGGUUCGAUGGGUCCUCCUGGAUCUGAAUGAUUUUGAUUCUGAUAUAUAGGAACAUAAAAAUAUCUAAAUAACCAAUGUAUCUGAAACGGGUUUGGAUAUUUGUAUCAAAAAUAAUUUUAUCACCCGAUUCAGUCUGAGACUUUUUGAAUACAAUUAAUUAUAUGGCGACACAUCUAAAAUAUAUAACACUAGUUAUGAAAAAUGAAUAUCAAUGUAUAAAAACGUAAAAAUCGUUUACGCAGAUCAUGCUCUAGUUUCAAGUUAUGUUUACACUUCCUUUGUUUAUUUAUCAUAUCUUCUAUUAAUUUUCAUUUUAUUUGAAAUAAUAAUUGCUUAAAAAACUUCUCAUUUUUUAAAAUAAGUUAAGAUUGUGAAUUGAUCUAUAUUAUUGAUAUAUUUUAAAUUGUAGCUGAAUAUCUUAUAUAAUAAAGUAGAGUUUUUUCUUUCCAUAGGGCGUUUGCUGCCACGUGUCACCAUAACUAACUAUAGUUUCGUUUGGGCUUUUAUUUACAUUUCAGGCCCAGAAUUGAUAUUGGUUUGUUCGUCCUUUUGCUUUGGAGUUUCGACCUUGUGCUGGCCGACGAAAGUUCCGUAUUUUGAUUCGUAUGGAACUUAAGUAUUAGAUUGAUACCUCCCCGAUUUAGAUUCUUUAAAGAUUUUGUCGCCGUUGUUGACGAAAAAGCAAGCGCAUCGACGGUUCAGAAGGGGAGGCGUAGAGCUGCUAUUUAUUGAAGAAAAGGUUCGUCCUCAUCCAUACUCUUCUAUUUGAGCAUGCUUCGUGUCUGAAAUAAGCUAUUCCAAUUGGUAACCAGACUUCUAUUACAAACGAUGACGUCAACAUCCACAUCGAUAUUGUCAAUCCACAUCUGCUGUCUCAGAGCAUUGAGAAUCCGAUCUAAGCUGCUGCACAGUUAGUUUAGUACCAAUUAUGGAAGUGAACUUGGGAAGAUUUGCUGAAUGAAAAGACUGUUUUUUUUCUAUGCUUCUGGCUAUAGUUUUUAUUUGUCGCCUUAAAUUGAGCUUAGUUUGGAAUAGAAAACUAGGGUUCUAUGAUGCCAUGUUCUUGUGUUACAAAAAAAAUAUAACAAAAUAAAAGAAGCUUUUUGUUCUUUUAGUCAUUGCUGAGUCUGAGUUUGACUUUAGCUUUUAUUGGAUAAGAGUUUGUCAAAUGAAGCUGGUGAAUGCAGUUUAUGUAUUGAAUAUUACAAAAGUGUAUGAUGAUUUUGAGAAAGAAUCAUUCUUGCAGGAAGACAUGGCAUCUUCAGUGCCUUCGUUAUGAGAUAAAUGAAUCAUUUUUUUGUUUUGACUCUUUUGCUACAUUCCCGUGCUUGUCUAUUAAGUACAAUAACUGUUGUGUAGCCACGGGAUAUCAUAGCUCCUAAUGGAGUGAGGUUGGUGCUAUGAAAAUGCAAGUGGAAGCUAAACAUAAAAAGAGAGUCCAGGCCAGAUUCUUGAGUCUAAAGGUAAUUAUGCAUUGCUUAUCUUUACAUGUCUGCUAGAUUUUUGCUUUCCAUUCCCUUAAAGAUUAGGUAAAGCGAAUGUUAUAUGUUGGCUUUAGUGGCUGAAACUCCAAUAUGCCUUUUAUGAUUAUUUUCCUAUCAGCUGAAAUAUAUUUCAGUUUAUCUUCAUUCUUUCAUGUUCUUCAGAUUGUUCAGGAUUUGGUUUUGAUUGUGUGUUUGUCUACUUAGGCUGUUGCUUUUAAAAUGGUUUUCGUAUAUAUUGAUUCUGGGUUUGAUAUCCUUAUUAUCCUACCGUGCCGAACAAGGAGAGGAGUGUUAAUUGCAGUGAAAAGCCAGAAGAGAGGGAUACCCAGUUAAGAAUUUAAAAGUCUGUAGAAAAGAGGACGACAAUGGUGGGAAAUGUCAUCAUGAGAGCUUUGUGGAGCAAACUUCUAAUAGGUCAAACGGAGGUGCAUCAUGAGUAGCAGUAGAGUUUGGACAACUUCUGACGUGGGAACUUAAACGGGAAAUUCAUAUGAUGAUGAUAACGGUGUGGGGAUGAUUGGAAAACUCUUACUGAUGUAGUAACAGCUGAGGAAGAGAAUAGAAAAAGAUGAUCUCCUCCAUGAGUACGUCAAGGAGCAAUAGAGUUUGGACAACUUCUGAUGUGGGUGAUUCCAAUCUUGACGCAACAUAUAUUGUCGGUGUUAGAGAUAGAAAGCAUGAUUGUUAGAAUACCAUCAAAGAAGGAAAAAGCAGUUGACGAAAUUCUCCAGCAAUCGAUGCCAUUAUUAAGUGCCUCGACAACCAUUAUUUACAGCUUCAGUUAUAAGUGUUUACCGCUUUGCGUUAGAUUUUGAUUUAUACGUCUGUCUUUUUGCAUGCAAGUGACCUGUCAAAAAAUAUGAUCUAUAGAUGAUGCACACAGUAAAUAAUUCUAAACAAUAAAAAUAUCACAAUUUUUUGGAAUUGAGAAAAUAUGUCUUUUUUUUUUGUUUAUAGGAAAAUAAAAUUAAUUGAAAAUUACAUCUAAAGCAUUAAUAAAACUUAAAAAAAAAAGUAAUUCAGUGUUUAAUUAUUUUAGAUAUAUAAAUCAACAACGUAUGAAUUUUAAGUCAUAAAAUAUCUAUUUUCAUUGUUAUUAGUGUUUGCACUCUAAUACUUUAAAUUUCAUCGUAUAAUUAUAUUUGUAAGAACGAUAAAUAUGUAUUAUAUAUAUUUACAAAGUAAUACAAUAGAUUAAUUUAAACUAAAAUUUAUAUAAGAAAACCCGGGCGUAGCCCGGGAAAACCACUAGUUUUCAAUAUUAUAUAGUCUCAACGUUUAAAACCAUAUGUGUGUUAAUUCAAGUAGCCAUUGAUCAUUUAAAAAAUUUAUAUUGUUUUAAUUUUUAUUUCCCUUUUUUUGUUGGUUAAUUUAAUAUUUAUUUUUCAAUUAUUUAAGUAUUGAAAUCAAUGUAUUUAUUUCAGUAAUUUUCUAUUUUGUAGUUUAACUUAUUUUAUAUUAAUAUCCUUUUUGUUUUGAAAGAAUCAGUUUUGAUGAAUUAUUGACAUUUUAAAAAUCCAUAGCCUUUUUGUAAACAACACUUAUGAGCUUAAAUCACAAAAGAUCGUUUGGAUGCCCUAUGAAUCGCUUAUAAAUAAAGCAAUCCGGCUUGUUGAAAAAAGAAAACACUAAUUUCUAGUUGCCGUGUCGUUGAAGAAAUCAGAAGAAGACUAUUAUGAUUUCCGAUCUUCCCCAUGAUCUGGAAAUAGAAAUACUCGCUAGGGUUCCACCCAAAUCCCUAGAAAAACUACAAACUACUUGCAAACGAUGGUAUGCGUUAUUCAAAGAUCCAAAGUUUGUGAUGAAGAACAACAACUUGCGUAAAUCAUCAUCGAAAGAGGUAAUGCUACUUCUAGACUAUAGAGUUUAUUCAAUUAGCGUCGACAGAGUCCACAACAGCGUCGAUGCAUCCAUGGAGUUUACAGGUAGACUUAAGCGCCUUCAAGACUCAAAAGACGUAAAGUUAUCUCGAAUCUGGCACUGCAACGGAUUGAUAUUAUGCUGCAGGAAGAAUAUCAAAAGUCUUGUGGUUUGGAACCCCUGUACCGGUGAAACCAGGAGUAUCAAACCCAGCAAGUUUUACCGGAGGACUGAUAAUUAUGCUUUUGGAUGUGGAAACAGUUCUUGCCACGACUACAAAAUCUUGAGGUGUAGCAGUUAUGGCACUUAUGUCGAUUUUCUUCAAGUUGUUCUUAAUUUUGAGAUGUAUGAAUUUAGCACUGAUUCAUGGAGGGUUCUUGACGGUGUCACUGAUAGAUGGAGGUUACAUUGUUCUGACGAUGUUGUGUCGUUGAAAGGAAAUGCUUACUGGAUUCAUUUCGAUAAAGAAGCUGACGAUGGUCCUUGGAUUGUCCUACUGAGUUUUAAUUUCACAACGGAGGUAUUUGUGUCUUUGCCGCUUCCGGAUUACAAGAAGGGUUGUGAGUAUGGAGAUUUGCUUAUAUCGGUUGUUAGAGAAGAACACCUCGCGGUGUUACAUCACGUUGUUGGAACAGAGAUGACUGUAUGGUUGAGCAAUAAGAUCACUGAAGCCAAAGAGGUGUCUUGGAGAAAAUUCUUAGUAGUGAGUUUUGAUAAACUUAAGUUACCGCUUUAUUCGAGAGAGAUGACAUUCUGGGUGGACGUGGAGAAUAAAAUGUUAGUCUCUUGUGUUAGAGACAUGGCAGGAGGUGGUGAUCACUUUUACAUUGGUGGAGAGGGUUUACAUAAACAAGUUUAUGAGGUUACAGAGGCAUCUUGGAUUUGGCCAUGUCUCAUGGGUUAUGUACCAAGUUUGUGUCAUAUCCCCAAAGAAAAAAGAAGAAGAAAACCGAACCGGGCACAUAACCAAGGCAUACGAAGAAGAAACAUAAUCAAUGGGUAAAGGCUUGCUUUUUGUUGUCCCUCUGCUUUUGUUUUUUUAAUUGGUCAUCUAAAUAAUCUUUACGCAAAUAACAUAUUUAUGCUUAUAGCCACGACUUAUAACCAUAGCUAUACAUAUACGACAAAAAAAAAAGAAUUUUAAUGGAGAAUCACUUCAAAUGGUUGAUAUCUAUAUGCUUACAACUAAUCUAUUCCAAGUCUUGCAGAGCAACUCUCAUCUAUCUUCUUAAAGUUCUUGAGUUCUCAGAAUGGUGCAUACUGUAUAUAUCAAUAAACUAUUAGUGACCGACCACCAUCAAGUUCAUUUGUGUAAAGAACAUACUUGAUAGUCAUAUGCGCUUUGAAAUAGGAACAAAUGCUGUAAUGGACCACAAGAGAUCAAAAUAAUCUCAUAUGGACCUCUUGCCUUUUUAUUUUAAAAAUGAAUUAAAAUUAAAUCAAAAAUAGGAGGAAAAGACCAUGAAACCUAGAAAGUUCUACUUAUUUACUAACCCAACCACACACUAUCCUAACCCACUAACCCGAUCCUACUCAAUUGAUCCCUAAAUCCCCAAAUCUUUGUUUCUCAAACAUCCUCCCUCUCACGAUUUUCACAUUCAUCUUUCAUUACUAUUUUUUCAAAAUCAAACUAAAAUCAUGUAACAUCCACCUGAUUCCUCUUGUGUUACUCAAUUUUAUCUAUUCCAUAAUCAAUCAUGAUUCAUAAUGUUAAGAACCCAGAUUUUAAUUUUUUUUUAUUUCAUAUCAAAAUUGUUUCAUCUCAUUAUCCAAAUCAAAAUCGAAAAAUUCUUCAAACUUUAUGAAAUUUCAUUCUUAUCCCAAAUCGAUCAAUUCUCCAUCUUUCUCAAUCCAUUUUCUCUUAUAUAAAAUUGAAUCUCGUGUUCAAUGUACAGAAUUUCCGACAAUGAAAAACACAGAGUAUUACUAGUACACCUAGUACAACUGAAACUAAUAUAACUGGUACAACUAGAACGUGAAUAACUAAUACAACUACAACAAAUUUAGCUAGUAUGACUAAUAUAAUUAGAACGUGUAUAACUAGUAUAACUUUACCAUUAAUAUGGUAUAUUAGCUUUUUGUUUUCAGCAUGCGAAUGAUGUUAUAGAAGAGGAUGAUGUAGAACCAAUGAAAAAGUUGGUAUAAUCUUCCACUAUAUGGAUUUGUCGAAAUAUGUUUAAAGUUAUUUUAUAAUAUUUAUUUGGAUAGUUAUUGUUUACCAAUUGUACCAGUUGUACUAGUUAUACUAUUUACGGAAAAAAUUAUCUUCACAUGUAGUUCAACCAUAAUGUUUAAAAUAUGAUACAUGUUUAAAAAAUGAUGCACAAUACAAGAUGAAAUAACAUAGUUGUACUAGUAAUUGAAUUGUAUUGGUUUGUAUAUUGUUGUACCAGUUUGUACAUAGUUGUACUUUGGCAUUGAAAUCGAAAAAACUAGUUGUACCAUGUAUAUUUACUACAAUUUUACAAUUAAUAUGAUUAUAUUUAAUUUUUGUUUUCAA